AUUUGGUUAUCGUAUUCAUUAAACGUUAUAUUGUUUAUAAAGUAUUUUUUAUGUGAUUGCGUGACAUUUUUGAAAAAAUAUACUACAGUUGUAGUAGUAGUAAUAAUAGUAUGUAAAUAUAUAAUCAUAUUUAGAAGACUAGAAUUUUCCUAGGAAUAUUUUGAAUAAUAUAAGUAAAAUAUAUCGAUUUCUCGGGCUUACAAGGUCAGUUUAAAGAAGUGUGUGCAUGUCUGUGCUUGUCAAAUACUUUGAUACCACUUGAACAAUGUCAUCAAAAUCAUUAUUGUUAAAGGAGAAACCAUUUGUCAACAUGGAAGACAUCAAUAUACAAAUUGAACCGUGUAAAACUUAUUUUAGUGACGGAUGUGUUGAAACUGCAGGAACUGAUGAAACAGAUUUACUAAGAGGAGAAUCAAAAAUUAAUUCAAGUGAAUCUACUAAUAAUUGGCCAUCGUGGUUAAUUAAACAAUCAGCAGUAAUUGGAUCUAGUGCAUUGAAUACAGUUGAUUACCUUGGUGAAUCUUUGGCAAAUUUUUUUGGUAUCACUACGCCUAAAUAUCAGUUUGAAAUUAAUUAUCACAACAACAUAAUGCAAGAAAUUAAUGCGGAAAAAAUUGUAAAUGAAGAAAAUAUGAAAGGAUGGACUCAACAACCUCAAAAAUGUACUAUAACAGCAGAACCGUGUUAAGGUUACUUUUAGUUAACUUACUUAUUUGGUUUAAAAAAAAAUAAUAAUAAUUUAUAUAAUUUUAAAUAAUACUAGGUAUAUAGUUGUCUAUGUAUUUUUUAUUGAAUAUUUAUACAUAAAAUAUGGUUUUGGAACUUACAUUAUUCUACUAUUAAGAAUAUAUGUAUUUUCGAGCAUUCCUAGGAUAUACAUUAAGAACAAUAUUCAUUUUGUUGAUAUAUCUGUUUAAUGUAAUAAAAUCGACUAAAGCUAACUUCCUACUACAAAUAAAUAAUUGCCAAUUAAACUAUAACUUUUAAAAACUUAUUUUUAUUGUGAGAAUUAAAAAAUAUAUAAGCUCAAAAAGUGUUUACAACAUUAAAAGUUUUAAGAAUAAAUUUAUUCAUAUAAGAUAUUUUAAUCAAAUAAGUAGUUUUGUAAUAACAAAUUAUUAGUAUUUUUUAUAUAUUAUAUAAAAUUGAUUACCACUUAUCUUAUAAUGGUGU